AAUGGGGGAGAGGAAGAGGAGAAUGUGACAACUGCUGGAUGCGGACAGAGUGUGUGCGGCUGGCUACACUGCCUUUGGGGAGGCCUCGGCUCUUGCACCUGUCCCUCUCCGUCUCCGCGGCCAGGCGCAGUUUGGGCGAGAGCGACGCUUUAUUUAUCAGGCAGGGCGCACAGCGGCGGAGGCGCACACACACUCACACACACACACGAUACUGUACGCACAUACACAUACACAGGGCAGGCAGGCAACAUGACUUCAUCCUACAAUCUGGAUUUUCUGCCCGAUAUGAUGGUGGAGAGCCGCCUGCUUGUCCCCGGAGACAGAAUCAACGGCACGGCCGGGAAGAUGAACGGGGCGCUGGAGCAUUCGGACCAGCCAGACCCGGACGCCAUCAAGAUGUUCGUGGGCCAGAUCCCUCGCUCCUGGUCAGAGAAGGAGCUGAAGGAGCUGUUUGAGCCGUACGGAGCUGUCUACCAGAUCAACAUCCUCCGAGACCGCAGCCAGAACCCUCCACAGAGCAAAGGCUGCUGUUUUGUCACGUUUUAUACAAGGAAAGCUGCCCUUGAAGCCCAGAAUGCACUGCAUAACAUAAAGACCUUAACAGGGAUGCACCACCCUAUCCAGAUGAAACCUGCAGACAGUGAGAAAUCUAAUGCGGUGGAAGACAGGAAGUUGUUUAUCGGCAUGGUGUCGAAGAAGUGCAACGAGAACGACAUCCGGGUCAUGUUCUCCGCAUUCGGACAGAUCGAGGAGUGCCGGAUCCUCCGAGGGCCCGACGGACUCAGCAGAGGAUGUGCGUUUGUCACGUUUUCCACCAGAGCUAUGGCACAGAAUGCAAUCAAAGCCAUGCACCAGUCUCAGACUAUGGAGGGCUGCUCGUCUCCCAUCGUGGUGAAAUUCGCCGACACGCAGAAGGACAAGGAGCAGCGGCGUCUGCAGCAGCAGCUGGCACAGCAGAUGCAGCAGCUCAACAGUGCGACCACCUGGGGGAGCCUGACCGGCCUGGGCGGCCUCACCCCACAGUAUCUGGCUGUAAGGAGAGCCGCCGCGUCACCCACCUCCAUCAUCACCUCCUCCACCCCUUACUGCAGCCCCAUGGCCAACGCCACCGCAUUGCUUCAGCAGGCAACCUCCUCCGGUAACCUAGGAGCCUUCAGCGGGAUCCAGCAGAUGGCCGCAGCAGGCACCACAGCCAGCUCCAACGCCGGUGCCAUGAACUCUCUGACCUCUCUGGGCACCCUGCAGGGCCUGGCAGGUGCAACUGUGGGCCUGAACAACAUUAAUGCACUAGCAGGUAGCGUCAACAGUAUGGCGGCUCUAAACGGAGGCCUGGGCGGCGCAGGGCUUACCAACGGGACGGCCGGCACCAUGGACGCGCUGACGCAGGCUUACUCAGGGAUCCAGCAGUACGCCGCCGCAGCGCUGCCCACCCUCUACAGCCAGUCCCUGCUGCAGCAGCAAGGGGCCGCCGGCAGCCAGAAAGAGGGUCCCGAAGGUGCCAACCUGUUCAUCUACCACCUGCCCCAGGAGUUUGGAGACCAGGACAUACUGCAGAUGUUCAUGCCUUUCGGAAACGUGGUCUCUGCCAAAGUCUUCAUCGACAAACAGACAAACCUUAGCAAGUGCUUCGGCUUCGUCAGCUACGACAAUCCAGUGUCGGCGCAGGCAGCCAUCCAGGCCAUGAACGGCUUCCAGAUCGGCAUGAAGCGGCUGAAGGUGCAGCUGAAGCGCUCCAAGAACGACAGCAAACCAUACUGAUCUUAGCACUAGGGUCUAUCUGCUCCCCAUGUUAGCACUGCUAGGAACAACCCAUCUCCAUGCCUGUUAGCUCAUCGUUUGCCUAGCAUGUCUCCGUGGCGUCCAAAAAAAAAAAAAAACAAAACUUUAAAACAAAAACAAAAAAAACCCACCAAAAAAAAAGUGUCAUCGUCCUCCUCCUCCCCCGUCAUUGUUUUUUCUGAUGUCUUUUCCGAGCUCACCUGAUCAUAACCUGGUUCUCCUCCUCCUCCGCCGCCUACUGACCUUUUGAACUUUGAACUUUUAGCUUUUUUGGACUUUGAUUUUUAAGAUCUUUUUUUCUUUCUUUUUGUGUUUAUGUUAGUUUUGUUUUUGGUUUUUGGUUUUUUUGCAUGUGACCUCAUUUGGAUCUGUUUUCUGGAAGGGUUUCAGGGAGGGAGGGAGUCGAUAAAGGGGGGGUGGGUAAGAAAAUGAAUCAAUGUGAAAAAGAUAUAAAGCUGCAUUCAUAUGAAAAAAACAAAAAAAGACUGAGAUUUUUAUGGAAAAACAAAUGUUCUUUUUGGAGGAAAAAAAACAACAACCUGUGGCAAAGUGACUUCCAUUCAGUAUGUUUUCUUGCAUUUUUUUGUUUCUUCUUCUUCUUCUUCUUUAUGUCAGUUUUUCUUUUUCUUCUUCAUUUAAAGUAAACUUGAAAGUUCACUACAGGAAUUGACGCGUCAUCUUGCUUCUGGUGCCGAUGAAAAACAGAGCGCGGGCCAGAAGCAGUCCGCGCCAGUUUCUCUGAAAUAUAAGACUACUUCCAAACAGUUUUGAAUAAAAACUGUCUGAUCAAUAUUAGACUCUCUCAGAGCUCUCUAAUGGUUUUUACAUUUUUCAGGCAGUGUAAAGUUUUUUGAUAAGGCCAUUUUAAGUGGCUCUGUUUCUCAUUCAAAGUCUAUAUAUAGAACCACUUUUUUCUAGAGUAGUUUAAAGGUAAAAAUAAAAAAAGACAUUUGCCCUGUUUGGGGGGGAGAAAUGCUACCUACUUGUGUCACCUUUUGCUGAACUGACUCACAGAUAGACAAUCCGUGGUUUAAAUGCACAUGAUGAAAUGACCUAUAUUUUCUACUGUUUAAAUGUAUAGAGGAAAAAAAAUACUAAGAUACCUGUAACCCGCGUUAACGUCGGUGCUUCUCGUGAGUUUAGUUGUGGUUUCAUCACAAGUCUAACGGUCUUAAAUGUCUCAUGUUUUUCAAGAGAAGACUAAAAAAUCAGUUUACUUGAACAAUAGACAAAGCCUUUCAUAUUACUAUAAUAGUUACUUUUUUCUUUUAUUUUCUUCUUUUUUUAAGGAGUCCCUAUUUGCUAAAUUUCUUGUUGGUUAAUUAGCUAUAUAAAAUUCCUAAAAAUAUAUAUAAAUAUAAAUAUAUCUAUAUAUAUAUAAUGUCAGCUUGUGAAGCAUCAAUGUCAUUAUUAUUUUAUUUCUCUCGUGGGAAACAAUAUUUAGAUGUGUUUUGUUGUUCAGCAAAAUGUCUUAUAAAGAAAAAAAGACAAGAUCAGUGGAGUUUAGUGCCAAAUUCUGAAGGUACUUCCUGCCUAGCGCGUCAGUGUACUUCUUGUGAAAUUAUUUGAUAACAUGGGUAUUUUAUUAUAAGUGUUUUGUAUGGAUCCCUCAUAUUUAAAAUAUAGAUUUAAAAAAGAGUUUGUUAACUUGCUAUUCUGUGGUCUUGUUGCCUGAAAAUGUCAUGUUUGCUUUUUUUCUUUGUAAAGAUGUAAAAAAAAAAAAAAAAAAAAGUGCCCAUGUGUCAUAUAUAUAUCUAUAUACACGCA